ACCUUGUCUUGGAUGAGUAUCUUCUACCUCGACCUUUUUACCUCUAGGGUUUCAUGUUCCAACAUCCCAAUACCCGAACCAAAAACGCUUUCAUUUCUUAACCUCCAUCUCUAUCCUUCCAUUUCCGCAAAUCCCACUUCUCCAAUUCAAUUAUCCAAACCAAGAAGCACCAAAGCUCUCUGCUUUUAUAACUAUUUUCUGUAAGUAUAUUUUUCUCUCUCUUUAUGUCUCAUAUAUAAUCUCUGGGUUCUCAUUGCUUGUAUGCUCAAGUUAUAGUUUCAAAGGUUCCUACUUUUACUUUUAUUGUAUAAGAAUAAGAAUACAAUUCCUUCAAUCUUUUUUUUCUGUGUGAGAGUGAGUGUGUGUGAGAGAGAGAGAGACUUAUAGCGAUUACAUGGGGAAGUCAGGUGGGAGAAAAAAGAAGGGUGGGUCGAACCAGGUUUCCGUUGAUAAUCAUUCCAAUAAUAGCGCUGCUGCACAUACUAAUGGUGGUGUUGAUUUGGACUCUUCUAUAUUUUUGAAGAGAGCCCAUGAGCUCAAAGAAGAAGGCAAUAAGAAGUUUCAGAACAAGGAUUAUGUGGCUGCCCUUCAACACUAUGAUGAUGCUCUUAGGCUUAUCCCCAAAACCCACACUGAUCGAGCCGUCUUUCACAGCAACCGGGCUGCUUGCUUGAUGCAAAUGAAACCCAUUGAUUAUGACACCGUAAUUGCUGAGUGUACUAUGGGGCUUCAGGUUCAGCCUCGCUUUGUUAGAGCUCUUCUUAGGAGGGCUCGAGCUUUUGAGGCUAUCAAAAAGUAUGAAAUGGCAAUGCAGGAUGUGCAGCUUUUGUUGGGGGCUGAUCCUAAUCACAAGGAUGCUUUGGAGAUUGCAAGGAGAUUAAGGACUGCAUUGGGUCCUCGCCAGGAGGCUCAGCAAGACCUCCAGAGCCGUCCAUCCCCAGCUGCACUUGGGGCUUCUGCUGUUCGUGGUGCCCCAAUUGCUGGCCUUGGGCCUUGCUUACCUGCUCGACCAGUGUCUAAGAAGACAACAUCACCUCCAGGAGGAUCAGUUGGAUCACCCAGUAAUAAGCUGGAGAAGAUCCAAAUGAAUGUAGCAACUGAAAACGGUCCUGAGAACAGGGCCCAGAUGCCAAGACUUGUGCUGAAGCCGUCAAGUGGUUCUCUGAAGACAACUGGUAAUCUGAAUAAGGGUGGCCCCAGAGCACAGUCAAUUUCUGGUUUUGUUCAAGAGCAGGUGGCAAUUGAAUGGAGACCUUUGAAACUUGUUUACGAUCAUGACAUAAGGCUUUCCCAGAUGCCAGUUAAUUGCAGCUUCAAAGUGUUGAGAGAGAUUGUGAGCAAGCGAUUUCCUUCAUCCAAGUCUGUAUUGAUCAAAUAUAAGGAUAAUGAUGGAGAUUUGGUUACUAUUACCUGCACGACAGAACUCAGGUUGGCAGAGUCUUCUGUAGAUGCUCUAAUUCCUAUAGAGCCAGAAGCAGAUAAAGCCAGUGGAUUGGGGAUGUUGAGAUUGCACAUUGUUGAGGUGAACCCAGAGCAGGAACCUCCAUUACCAGAUGAAGAGGAGGAGAAGCCUUUGGAAACUGAGGGAGCCAAGGCUGAUGAGAGUGGGUCUCACUCGUCUCCUGGUGAUAAUGGGUCAGAAGGUGUUGACACUGAGAUUGAAAAGACAGAGAAAGAAGCUUCAAAGGAAAAAGCAGGAGCUACAGAAGAUCCAGAGUGCAAGGAAGUAGAGAUGGAUGAUUGGCUGUUUGAGUUUGCUCAACUUUUCCGCACUCAUGUGGGUAUUGAUCCUGAUGCUCAUAUUGACUUGCACGAGCUUGGAAUGGAGCUCUGUUCAGAGGCUCUUGAGGAGACAGUUACUAGUGAUGAAGCUCAAAUCCUCUUUGACAAAGCUGCUGCCAAGUUCCAAGAGGUGGCUGCAUUGGCUUUCUUUAAUUGGGGAAAUGUUCAUAUGUGUGCUGCAAGGAAACGUAUUCCUCUAGAUGAGUCUGCUAGCAAGGAGGUAAUGUCAGCACAACUUCAAGUGGCUUAUGACUGGGUUAGGGAAAAGUAUUCUUUGGCCCGGGAGAAGUAUUCCGAAGCACUCUUAAUCAAGCCGGACUUCUACGAAGGUCUGCUUGCACUGGGACAGCAGCAAUUUGAAAUGGCCAAACUUAAUUGGUCUUUUGCACUUGCAAAGAAAAUAGAUCUCUCAAGCUGGGAUCCUGCUGAGACAUUUCAACUUUUUGGCAGCGCUGAGGAGAAGAUGAAAGCUGCUACAGAAAUGUGGGAGAAGUUGGAAGAGCAGAGAGCGAAUGAGUUGAAAGAUCCAAAUUCGAUCAAGAAGGAUGAUUUGUUAAAGAGGAGGAAGAAACCUGGAAGUGUUGCAGAAAGUGAGCUCCUAGGAACUGGUAAUCAGGGUGAGCUUUCGCCUGAGGAAGCAGCCGAACAAGCAGCUGUGAUGAGAUCACAAAUACAUCUUUUCUGGGGCAACAUGCUCUUUGAACGAUCCCAAGUUGAAUGCAAAUUAGGAAUGGAUGGUUGGAAAAGAAAUCUAGAUACUGCUGUUGAGCGCUUCAAGCUUGCUGGAGCUUCUGAAUCCGACAUUUCUACAGUUUUGAAGAACCAUUGCUCAAAUGGAGAUGCCGUGGAAGGAGACGAAAAGAAAGUUGGUGGUGAAGCAGAGAGCAGUGAUGUCAAUCAAACAUCUGACAAGUGAUAUAGGGAAUUGAAUUUUUUUAAUGUCUUUGAUGCUCUUAGUGAAUGAGAGUGCAUUUUAGACUCUUCCCUGCAAAUGGGAUAUUCGGGUCUGAUAUUGAUGAGUGGUACCUGAAAGUUUUUGGGUUUUAAGGUUUCUGUUUUAACCUUAAAUUAACUUCUUUUUCUUUUUGUCAUAAAUAGACAUAUUUGAAUACCAAUGAGUUUUUCACCAUGUAACUUUGUGUGAUACAAUACAGUUCCCACUUAAGUUUGUCAAAUUUGGCAUGAAUGAACUACGAAAUUUUAAUUGUGAA